AUGCGAUUAUUGGCGAUAUUUGCUUUUCUCAUUUUUUUUGUUGAAGGAUUCCUGCCGCGAAAACAAGUCAAAAAGUCGGAGGUGAUCGACGAGGAGAUUAUGCAGCGGCGGCGGAACGUCGGCGGCGAUGGCGGCGGCGGACAGGUGAUCGCCGAUCCGGACGCCGCCGGCGAUCCGCACGGCAAAUUGGCGACGUGGAUCAAAACGCACGCGCGCCAUCAUAUUCCGCUCAAGCAUCCGCGCACACGAAUGGACGUCUUCAUCUCGGCGGGAUUGUAUCAAAUCGUCGAUUUGGACCAACGCAACAAUUUGGCGACGGUCUCGGCGUUUUUCGACGUUCAUUGGUACGACGAGUUCAUCAAAUGGGAUCCGAAGGCGUUCGGCGGAAUCGCGCGCAUUUUUGUGCCCAUCAAAUGGAUAUGGAAGCCCGAAUUCUAUAUGUACCAUAGUGUUUAUGGAAGGGUUCCCGAUUAUGCGCCGGACGCCUCCGCCGAAUUGCAUUUCAACGGACGAGUUCGAAUGUUCGUCUCGAUCUCAUCGAAAAGCUUCUGCCCAAUCAAUUUCAAGCGAUUCCCGUUCGAUUCGCAGACAUGCUCAUUUUCGGUUUGUGCAUUUUAUGGUUUUGUUUUUAUCCCCACUAAAUAG